UUCAGGGUUACAUUCAUUCCGAAUCCCGACUCACGUAUUCAUCAACAUUCUACAUCGAUCAUCAAUCGGGUGUCUAAUGAAUACGAUAAUUCCUACCGUGCAUCCACUCCUUUGCAUGUCUUCGACGCAUACUCUACACCAUGAGUCCACUUCCAGUUGAUCACGAAGCAGCGACGACCUCGCCAGCGUCGCAUAUCACCCGGGCAGUCAUUCACCUCUUUACACGCGACGACGACGACGCGAAAUGCCAUCCGCAACCGAACAUCGAUCUAUGCGAAAAGCCCGAUAGUGCGAAGCAAACCAGUACCAUCGUGAUCGGCACAUUAGCCGCGGUCCUAGUAGUAGCAACCCUCAGCAUCCUGACCAUCUUCCACCUGCGACGCAAGCGACGCGACGAACUCGAAUGGCCAAAGAACAACCAAGAACUCGACGACUACGGCGUCGGUCCCAUGCCCCCCAGCCAACCCUCCAAACCCAAGAACACGUACCGAAAACCACGAGUUGAAGACGACGAUGAUAUCAAAAGCGGCGCGAACCUACCCCCACCACGCCGACGGGACUCGUUAACAUCGCUUGCGCGCUCGAUCCGUGGGGACCCUGAUGCGUAUCGAUCGCGCCCCGAUGAUACGUCGCAUGAUAUGAAGCCCGUGGAGCCGUUGAGUCAGUUAUGAUUACCUUGAAUACCUACAUAUAUAUCUAAGGUACCCGUAAAACGGUGCCUACGG